AUGUCAUCAUCUCCCCCCAAUGCAACGGCACUAGGUCGAUCAGCUCCGAGAUCGCGGAGCGGCUGCUGGACAUGUCGAACCAAGAAGGUCAAAUGCGACGAGAUACGUCCUGUUUGCCGACGAUGCGUACGCCUCAAGCUCAGCUGCGACUAUGCACCCCGGCUCCGCACCUUUCCUAAGGGGUCUCCAGCUGGAACGUUUGUCCACUCAAGCCUCGACUUCUCCCGUGUUAAGCCAACACCGCGAGGAGACGUAUUAAAUCAGUCUUCUUAUGGCAGUCCUCGGCCUCAAAGUGAGGAGAUAUCCCCCUCGUUGAGCACAACUUUCCAAUGGGGCACAUACGGGAUGGAUCUCGGCAGUGAAGAGAUCGAAGCGAUACAGUACUUUCGGGAGUCGUUCUCGCCGCUGUACAUCAUGAAGAAGCCACAGUACUCUGCAUUUGCGAUCAUGUUACGCCUCGCCACACAUGACCCUCUCGUACUACAUAUGAUCCUUGCGAUUGGAGGUUGUGGCAUUGAUUACAGGCACCAAUGGCAUGAGAGACAGUUUUGUGUAUCGGCGGAAGAUAGCCCCUCGAAAUACCGAACUCUUGGGCUGAAGCACUAUUCCGAGGCAUUGCGAGAACUACACACUAUUCUAGGCGAUAGCGAAACAGCCGAAUCUGCCAAUCUCGAUUCACUGACGAGUGGGCUGGUCCUCAUGAUUAUGUACGAACAGCUCCAUGGCGAUACCAGAUGCGAGGGCCUGGCCAGCCAUCUAAACGGAGCAGCCCUUAUCUUCAAGCAUCACUACGCUGAUAUCCUACAACAAGCCAGAGAUACAAGUCAGUCAGUACCUUUAAUGAAGGCAACUCAAUCAGGAAGUCCUCGGCUUCUAUCUCAAUUCUGCGCUCGGCUGAUAACAAGAAUCUGCGGAAUGGACGCCACCGCAGCGUCUUUUGGGCUCGGCGGGCAAGUCACUAGGGUGCUCUACAGGACCUUACCAGAAAGUGACGAUGAGAACAGUUUGCCGACGGGUCCAAUCAAGAGACUGUCCAGUCUCCACGCUUAUUCUGGACCGCUUUAUCGUUUGGUCUGGGGUGACGAUUACCCCACAGUAGAGCUUGUGGACGAUCUAGAGAACCAGCAGGUCUUUGAACUUCUGGAAGCUAGUGUUCAGCUAAGGUAUCUUAUAUCCGAAAUGACGAGUCUUCAGCGUGUUGGUGGUUCAGCACUAGCUGAAGCUUCCAGGAAGGUUGAGAAAGCGAUUCACGAGAUAAGCGAGAGCUACAAGAACAUCCUUGACUUUGCGUCAAGGCUCACUUCAGCGACUGAUAACUCUCACUCCAUGGUCCCGACCAUACGCUGGGUAGUAUCUAUAUACUACACCGAGGUCCUGGACUUUCUCCGCAUUGCCAGGACCAUAAACUCUCCGCUAGAGCUAGAAAUUGAUAACGGCAAAACAAUCCGUCACAUCAUGAAUCUCGCUUUUCAGGCCUAUCGACAUGGGGGAGACGCGGCUAUGGUUCGGAUUGCUCGUCCGCUAUUCAUGGUGGCUUUAGAGACUGAUGAAGAACUCCAUGUUUCGUGGAUACUUGAGAGAUUCAAGGGUUCGGCACAGUUUAGCGAGCAUUUUGCACGUGCGGGUGAUUUUCUGGAAAGGGUUUCGAAGAUGAGACCGGAGUUGAGGACGAGUAUCGAUUUACGGACUGCGUUCUCGAAUCAGGCUACUUCGAUAUGCUUGUGCUUGAUGUAA